AUGCUCGCCCACGCCGAGGCAAAUGAAGCGACGACGCAACUUGUCGCGCACUCAACGGCCGACCCCGCUUCUCCGGCCCGGUCGUUCGUCGUCGGCCUGAUCGCGGUCGCCGCGGCGCUGACCUGCACGGUUGGCAACUUCGCGGCGCUGACGCAGACCGGCGCGAAGCGGAUGCUCGCCUACUCGACGAUCGCCCACGCCGGCUACCUGUUGAUGCCGAUCGCCGCGGCGGUGGCGCUCGCGGAGAACGAUCCCGCCGGCGCCUCAGCGGCGGCGGGCGCCGUGAUGCUGUACGCGGCGGGCUACUUGUUCCUCAACUUCACGGCCUUCGCCGCGGUCGCCGUCAUCCGCAACACACGCGGCAGCGAGUCGAUCGACGACUACGCCGGCCUGAUCCGCACCGCGCCCGUGACGGCGACGGCGCUCUGCCUGGCGAUGAUCGGCCUCUUGGGCCUGCCUCCGCUGGUGGGCUUCUGGGGCAAGCUCGCGGCGCUGCGGGCGCUGGUGGACGCCGGCGGGUCUUGGAUGACGAUGCUGCUGGUGGUCGCCGUGCUGAACACGGCGCUGUCGCUGGUCUACUACCUGCGAGUCGUGAAGACGGUGUGCCUCGACGCGCCACCGGGCGACCUGCCCACCGAUCGCCCCGAGCGGGCCUUGCAGUUGCUGCUGGCGAUCGGCGCCGCUCCGAUCGUGCUCCUGGGUCUCGCACCGGAGUGGCUGGCGAGCGUGGCGAACGAGGCGCGUGACGCGAGACGCACGAUCACGAGUGACGGCGAGCCCACGAUGUUAAUCGUGGGUGUGAAGCGGGCACCGAGUUCCACCGACGACUAA